AAGACAGGGAGCUAUGACUCCUGACCUUGGAGCUUCCUGUCCCUGCAGCAAUGGGUCUCUGUCACACCUGGCCCACUAGCCACACCUGCCGCAGGUGCAGACAGGGCAGUGCAGGAGCCAUCCAAGCUCUGAGCUGGAAGCUCUGUGCGGACCUGACUGGGCAGGACUGUGAUCAUCUAGAAGGAGAUCCCCUUGUGUCUCUUACCUUCCCCUCUGUGGCAGCCUCCUGACGCCAAGGUCAAGAAGAGCUCAUGGAAGUGACCAUGUGGACACCCCAGGGAGCCUUCAACCAGACCCAGUCCAAGUCCCUCCUGAGUGGCUCCUUGCAAGGGAGAAGCAGCCCCAACUCCAGCAGGAGCCUGACACUGUCCGAUGGGACAAGCGCCGCCUGGUACAUCCUCACCAUCAUCGGAUUCUACGGGGUGAUUUUCCUGUUGCGGCUGGCCAGCAACAUCCUCCAGAAAAAUGAUAAGUCCUCGGAAGACAUUUAUUAUUCCAAUUUGACCUCUGAACUCCAAAGGAAAGGGGUCCAGAGCAAAGCAGCCAAAUGUGCAUCGCCGGUCAUCACGAACACAGCUGACCUACAGCCUUACCAGGCCAGCAUGGGAUCGAAGUGUGAAAACAACACGCCUCACAUGGGAACCCAGUUGAGCCCCUGAAAGUUAAGGCCAGAAGACCAUCGUAGGAGGCCCUAAGCUUUUUUUUUUGUUUUUUUCAAUGGGGAGCAGCUUUGGGCUGACCUGAGAUCUUCUUGAGAAAUGAAUCGAACCCUGGAGCAGAGCAGGGACAGCAAAGCUGACCGUGGGCAGUGCUGGCUGGUCCAAUGUGGACAACAGUAGGUAGUUUAUGUCGUCAGAUUUCCCGGGGCUUUGAGGAGAGGCAAGGACAGCAGACACAUGUCUUCCCUUUCUUGCCAAAGCCUACGAUCAGGAAGAGGACAUCUGGUGCUCUCAGAGGGGUCCAGCAGACGCCUGAGGGCAGACAUGGAGGUGGUUUCCUGACAUACGAAGAAGGCUGUGUUUGUCAGAUGCCCAGGGUUGAAAUUCACCUUCUAGAGGUCACAUACAUUCUGAGUUGCUUACCUGGAACAUGUGGAUAUCGGGAUAAAUGGCCUUCAAAGGGCAAUUUCAUUUUAAAAUCCCAGCUUUCUCUGAAUUCAGUAUCAAAGUUGUUCAUAGCACAAACUGAGAAUUCUUGAUUUUGCGUGAAAGAGUGGGGCGCACUGAAAAGAGCAUUCAUUUUGGAUUCCGAAGCGCUAGGCACUGGUCUGGGCCUAGUCAUCACCAUGUUGGUAUCCAUACACUUACCACUUCACCUCUCUGGAACUCAGUUUACAGGUAAAAUGAGAAAAAUGAUGCCAGACCUACCACCGGCUCUGCCAAGUAGAUAAGAUCUAAUGAGAUCAUGCAUGGGCAUGUGUUUUGAAAAGCAAAAGGAGUCCAUGGACACAAGCACGUUGUAAUGGUGGUGUGACUGUGAUGGUAAUAGCUGACGCUGGUGGCUGGCCGUGCUAUUUUGUUGACACAAAAACAUAGCUCUCACCUCAAAGGGAAUGCGACAGCUUGUUCUGGAGUCGAAUAUGAGUGACCAUGGCCCAGGAACACAGGUUAGGAUAACUCAAUUCCAUGUUCUCGCACGUUAACAAUUUCAUGGAGAUGUUAUAGGUACAGAGCAAAAGAAAGUCAUAAAGCAAGGCACUUUUCAAAUACGCUGCCUGACCAAUCAGGUAGGCGGGUUAUAUCACAGACAGAAAAUCUCCACCAUAGGCCUCAGAUGCUGUCUGACGAUAUUCUUAGCCCUUGCGUUGGUGGAAGACAGUGGUCUGUCAGAACAUUCCAAAAAGGUCACACGUGAUCGACUGAGAGUUACCAGGAUGUUAGAUCAGACACAGAGGUGGGCAACAAAUGACUGUCCAGGGGCUAAAGGUAGCCUGAGGUAAUUUGGCUCUGAUCUUGCAACAUCCCAUUUCUCUGUGAUCACAGGAGUUUUAUCAGUCCAUUCAACCUUGUUGGAAGUAGACGCGGCAGAUGGCUCACUUUCCUGGGAGCUGGGCAGUUGGAGAGGUGGUCAGCGGUUAAAAGCGCUUGUUUGAAAGGCCUGAUGGCCCAGGAUUUGAUUCCUCAGUGCCCAUGU